GUGGACUGACUGGGUUUUAACUUAACAAAGGUGCGGUUCAUAGAUGGACACUCACACAUCAUGAACGUGCAGCUAUCAGUAUGGAGUGCAAAGACAUGGCCGGGCACAGCCCCACAACAAAACAACGAGCUGAACUUGAUGACACGCGCAGAGAACGUGAUGAGAGGGAUGUAAAAAACAUCAUAUCCACCAUUCAGAACAUGAUAAAUCCAUUUGAUCCUUCCAUUGAUCGAGAGGUCCUUUACCAUAUAACAUCUGGACAUGUUGCAUCAGAGUUGAUUUUUAAUGAUUUGAAUGAAGCAAAAGAGAGAGGAGAGAAAGCCUUCUUAGAAUUAUGCGAAAAGAGGCUUCAAAGUAAUGAGGUAUGCAUUUAUCAGCCCAUAAAAAAAAUGAAGCUCAAGACCUUCAAAGACACUGCAACUACAACAGUGACAAAAGCAAAAGGUAGAGAGAUAUCCCUAAAAGCAGACUGUGAUCUUUUUGCCAGAUUAAUUGUAGUUGGGACCUCAAGAAAAAUUGACAUGAGUGAGAUGCUUGUACAUAGUUUAGGGCCCUUACCUGCCGCACUAGCUCAUUUUGAUGGCUCUCUGAUGAAAACGGACAAAGCAAAGCUGUUGCAUUUCCUGGAAGCUGUUGUAAACCCACCAGCAACAGUGGACAACGUUCCUGAAGGCUCCACGUGGGUGUGGGAUGCUAUGGCACUUGUACAAGCGAUGAAACCCCAACCAACUUUCGGGAUGUUUGCUGACGGUGCUCUCAGGCUGAUUGUCAGUGUGGCCAAAGCUAGCAAGUCCAAAGUAAUCCAUUUUGUACCAGACACCUACAAAGUCAUUAGCAUCAAGAAUGCAGAACGAGACCGACGUGCAGUGAAGGGUUGUCAAAUUACCAAAAUAUAUUCUGAAAACCAAAGGACACCAAAGCAAUGGGCAAAGUUCUUGGCAUGUGGGGAAAAUAAGGAAAAUCUCCUACAAUUUUUCUUUGAUAGAUGGUGUACAUCUGGAGGGCACAUGAUUGAGGACCUGACUGUGAUCGUUGCACAUGGAGGAGAGUGCCAUGCUCUUAAAAAAAACCCAGAUACAACUGAUUUGGAAGCCUUGCCAAUGCCAGCGCUGUUCACGACACAGGAAGAAGCGGACACCAGACUACUGCUACACUGUGCUCAUGCUGCCGAUUAUAGCAGGCAUAUUAUUAUCAGAAGUCCUGACACUGAUGUGUUUGUACUGGCCCUCGCUUUCUACAAAGACAUCGGAGCUCACCUGUAUUUCCAGACGGGGAAAGGAGGAAAUUCUCGCACAGUCGAAGUCCAGAAGAUCCAUGACCAGCUGGGAGCGAUAGUCUGCGAUGCGCUGAUUGGUCUUCACUGUUUCACUGGUUGUGACACUGUCAGCUCCCUGUAUGGCAUAGGAAAGGUGAAGGCAGUGAAGGCACUCCUAUCCAAUCAAGAGCACUGCAACACAUUCCAGAGAAUAGGCAGAACUUUCACUGUGACCCCAGACCUCUAUGAAGCAGUGGAGGCCUUCACAUGCGAGCUAUAUGAUGUAAAAGAUGUCAAAAGUGUCAACCAGGCAAGGUGGCACAUGUUUAAGUCUGGGAAAUGUCUCGAAAGGAGCCUUCCUCCAAAUCAAGACUCCCUUCAGCAGCACAUUCAGCGUGCCAACUACCAGGCUGCAAUACACAGGAGAAGUCUACAAAAACAACCUGACAUACCCCCGCCGGUACAGCAUGGAUGGAGGAUGGAGGGAGAAUACCUGGUAGUGCACUGGAUGACACUGCCCCCAGCACCACAGAGUGUCUUAGAGCUGGUGCACUGCCAAUGCAAAACCCUUAAAUGUGUGGGAGGGAACUGCACUUGCAAAAAGCAUAAGCUACCAUGCACAGAAUUGUGUCAUUGUAUAAACUGUGACAAUCAACCAUAAAUGGCUUAUAACUCCAUGACUACCACUAUAAAGUUGAUUUGAAAUCA